CCGACUUCCAGUGGUCAUUAACAAUUUGCAAGAAAUUGUUAAUCCGCCUUAACUAACGCAUUAUUCAAUUGACAAUAUCCCACUAUAAAAAAGGAUUUUGUUCCGUAUCUUUGCGAUUUGCGAAACGAUGCGUCUUCUGGCGGUUUUAUGUUUGUUGGGUGGGGCUUCGUGUAACGUCAUCAGGACGGAGCAGAAGACCGCCAAAAGCGAUGGCGAUCUCGGCGUUAAGUUUAUCUUCGAGGGUUGGCUGAAGGAUAAGUGCAGGAAGGUCGGAGUGGUCGAUCCUUAUACCGGUUUCUUCCAAGCCUUAGAAGGUGCCUUCACGUGUGUCGGACGUCAUCUGCAGAGCAGCGAAACCGACUCGAGUUCCUCAGAGGAGCUGUGCGACUACCACAAAAAUAACAUACGUCACUGUUUCGAUGACAUACUCGCGAACAUCAAAGAAUGCUUAGAUCCCGAGGAGAAAUAUUUGCCGGAAUUUAUAUUUAACGCCAUGGACGGCUUGUUAAAGUUAGCUUGCAGUGAUGACUCGAUAGAAGACGCAUUGGAAAGGCCGAGCGCAACGAAGUGCAUAGACGAUGCUUUCAAUGAUACCAAGCUGUUAGACGCCUGUUUCGACAAUGUGUCGCUUCAGUCAUUCAAUUUUGAAGACAAUUUUGUUCUUAAAGAGGAGGAACUGUGCUACUACCUUUUCACUUUUUAUAAUUGCUCUGAUAACUAUUUGCGAAAAAGGUGUUCUUAUGACAGAGAGGUAAGAAAGGUUUUGAGAAAGGUAUAUCAGGCAGUUACAUCGCCAUGUGAAAAUAUAGGAAGGCAAAGGGAGAAACGCUCAAUUGUAUAACUAUCAUAUUACAUUUUUGUUUAUUACUGUAUAUGUGUCGCUUAUUGGUCAUGAAUUAAAGCUUAAACGUUU